AUGGCUUCCACCGCAGACCUCCCCUACAAGAUGCGCGUCACCCCGGACAACACCGGGCUCUGGCACAUCAAGCAGACCGACGAGGCGGCCAAGAAGGUGUCGGAGCUGCUCCAGGAGGACAUGGAAGUCAGUUCCCCUCAAGCACCACGUCUUCUUCAAAGGAAGAACACUUCCACAACCCAUAUCCCGCACCACCUCCUCGCCCUCUACGGCACCGGCGCCGCGCCCUCCGCCCUCCAGGCCGCCUACCGCGCCAACAACACCUACCAGCGCCCGGCCCUGGCCCCGCACACUCCCUCCCUCGCCCAAACCCAGGCGACCUUCCACCCCUGGCCGGCCGCCGCGCGCCCCCGCUUCGGCGACGAGGCCUACUACCCGGAUUUUUUGCGGUUUUUCCAGGCCGAGAUGAAGCGGGAGGGGGGGUGGAAGAACGUGGUGGGACGGUAUUUGUUUGGUUUGGGGCUGGGUGUUGAUAAGGAAGGCGAUGGUGUUGGUGGUGGUGGUGGGGAUGAGUUGUUGGUGCGGUUGUUUGCGGGGAUCUUGCAUCCGCUGAUCCAGCUGAUGUACGGCGUGGAAUGGGGCCAGGAGGCGGUGGUGGCCGAGGGGCUUGCGCAGGCGGCGGUGCAUUCGGGGGAUCUGGGGAGGUUUUUACUGGCGGCGGAGGAGAAGGCUAGGGCUGCUGCUGGGGGUGGGAAGGAAGGGGGGGUGGGGGUGUUGGAGUUGAUGGCUGAGAUUAGGAGGGAUCCGAAGUUGAAGGGGGCUGCGAGGGAUUCGGAUCCGGAAAAGAUCCGCGAUGGGGUGUUUGCGCGUGCGCGGGAGGAGAUGAUCGCGCUGGCGGCCAGGGUGAGGGUCAGGCCCGACGAGGUCGAGGAGAAGACGGCCGAGAUGUUUGAUGCGGCUGUGUAUGUGGCUGCCGCGGCCGCGGUGAUGAAGGAGGGGAAGCAGCCCAAGUUUGACUUCUUUUUUAUGCACCAUGUGAACUCCAGCCCCUUUUUCGUCGCCAUCAACGCCCAGGACUGGAUCCCCGCCGAGGCUAAGGCACGCCUGUUGGAGUGGAAGAUCCGGAUGGACUUGCUCCAGUAUGCUGCCCGCGGCGCGCCCGAGCUGUCCGUUGAGAAACUGGCUGCUUAUCAACCGCGAAAACCCAAAGCCGGUGGGUCGUUGGCUGAUAUUGUUGCCCGCCUGCACACUUACGAAGAUGACGGACAUUCCAUCAAGCUGGCCCGGGCGGCCGUGAUCUGCCGCAACAUCUGCAAAAAGUACGAGGACGAGGGUAAGGGCUGGCUGAAGGUGAAAGGGGACGACAUGUGGUCGAAGGUUUGCCACCUGAUCGUCGACUCGGUCGAAGCACCCGGGGAGCGCUGGCUACGGAGCUGUGGUUUUGAUGAGGCUUGGAAGGACGUCCCGGACAUUUAG